CGUGGCGUGGCGUGGCGUGGCGUGGCGUGGCGGUUUGCGGUGGGGGUUGGCCGGCGUGGCCAUGGCCUUCCCGGGGCGCGAGCUGUACCGCUGGCGGCGCCGCACGGCCGGGGCCGCACCGAAGCUAAGGUUUGACUCUGACAGCUUGGAACGCUGGACCAAGAGAUUGGACCAACCCUCUGAGUAUGCUGUCUCUGAAGCUUUUUCCCUUCCAAAGUCAAGGUAUCCACAGGGGCCCUGUCCUGUGACAAGUUUGGAAACUGUGGAAGAGCUGCAAGAUCAUCAUGAGGCCUGUGAGGAAGCCCAAGAGCUGCUCAGCAACUGGAUGAAGUCCAAGCUGCAACUGGAGCUGAUGACUGAUGGAGAAGAGGAAGCUGACUCUGUCCUCCUGGAAAAGCCUUUGGCAGCCCCUUUGAACUAUGAGCGGUUUGAUGACUUGUGCAGCUAUCUGGAACACAAAUUAGAAGGUUCUUCUGUCCAAGAAUACCUACAGCAUCUUUUGCAGAGUGAAGUUGUGAACUGUGGGAUAGUGGAAGACCUUAAACUUGAAGACGUCAAGGAAAACCAGAAAUUUGCAGAUCCACGAAUAAUCAUGGAGCUUAGACACAAGCAGGUGAAAGAAAACCGACUGAGGCGUCAGAAGGCAUUAGAGCUUCAGAGACAAGAAAAGUCCUGGAAGAAAUCAGUUCUGUUUGAGGCCAAGCUCCAAGUACAGGAGGAGGAUAGAAGGAAGGCCCUGAAGGCCAAGAAGGAGGAGGAAGAGAUCCAGAGGGAAGUGGUGAAGCUGCGAAAGGAAAUGGCUGAGAAGAGGCACACCAUGGCAGAAGCACGGAGAGCUGAGGGGAAGGGAGAAGAAAAAAGUCAGAAGCUGUCAGUGCGGGAGGUAUCUAUUACUGCAUCACCACCCCUGGUCCUGAAGAAAGAAGAGCAGGGAGAGGAGAAACAGAGAAAGACUCAGGAGCUGCUGCGCAGGAUUCACACCAAUAAGCAGAGAUGCAUGCAACGACAUUUCUCUGCUUGGUUGAAAGUCAUUCUGGAGCACAGAAUUAAAAUGGGGAAAGCCAGAGCCCUUGCUGACUGGAAAUGCCAGCUGAAAGCCCUGCGAGCCUGGAGAAACUAUACAUGGGCCCAGAAAGUAGAGCAGGAGACACAGCAAUUGGAAGUUCAUCUCCAAGAUCAAAACAGGAAAAAUCAACUGUCUGUGGAGCACAACCAGCGACGGCUUUUGCGCUGCUGCUUUCUGGCGUGGCAGCGCUGGAGCCAAGCAGAGACAGGAAAGCGAGAGUUGCAGAUCAAGAGGGAGGAGAUGAAGAGAAAGAUGGCACAGCUGCUGGAGGCAGUGUCACUGGGGAGGGGUGGUCUGCACGGGCCACUGGAGGUUAACAAGCCUGGGACAGCAGAAGUAAAUCAUCAGCAAGAUUUGCAGCAAGACAAGCCAACUGAAACUUGCCUUGUACAGAAAGAACCUGACCAGACCAGAGACCACUCUUCUUGUGAUGCUGCUCACACAUCUCAUUCCUACAGAAAACCCAAAUUUGCCUGGGAGAUUACCCCAAAGCAUGCAGCCCCGAGUGUCCAGGACCAAGCUGUGUACAGGAAUCAAAUAGCCACUCCCUCCCAGCAGUUUCAGGCACCUGGUCCAAAGACUGCUCCUGCUUAUGGUAGCCGUUUUGAGCACCGUCAUGCCUUCCAGCAACGUCUGAUUGAAGAGCAAAGGCAGCAGCUUCGGAAACAGCAAGAGCUGAUCCUUGAACUGCAGGAAAAUCAGAGACUGAGCAGAGCUAGAGAAGAGGCAGCACAAGUCAUGGCUGUAACCCAACCACUUAACAACUCUGCUUCACAAACCAGGGAGGAGAAACCAAAGAGGGAAAAACAAUCCAGAUGCAAGAAUACAACUCAUUUGAGUUCAACUGUUUCUUGUGGGCCAGAAAACAUGAGGGCAGUGAUGCAAGGCAGAAGGCCCUCCAGCCAGCUGACCUCAGCUCAUCCCAUACUGAAAGCUAUGGAGGAGAGAGCAACUCAGCGGGCAGAACGGAGGAGGAAACUAGAAGAAGCCAAACAACGAAGAGAAGAGGAAAAAAUGGCCCAGCAGAAGGCUGAAGAGGAAGCACGACAGAAGAGGGAGGCCGAGGAAAAGGAAGCUCAGCAAGAAAAACGACGGGAGGAGAGAAGGCAGCAGAAGCUGAAAGAGCUGGAGAAGCAGAGGAGGCUGGAGAAAGAGCAGCAGCUCCAAAAAAAGGCCAGAGAUCACUAUGAGAAGGUCCUGCUCAGAAAGCGGGGAAUGGUGCCAUGGAAAAGGCUGAGGGAGCAAGCCAAGGAAAAGCUGGUGGUGGCACAAAGGCACCACUGCUUGGGCCUGCAGAGGAAAUGCCUGAUGAUCUGGCUCCAGGACGCCCAGGGGAGCCUCAUGGAGAAGGUGUCUCGGGCUCAGGACUUCUAUUCCCACACAUUGCUGAGAUGGGGCUUCAGGAACUGGCUAAAGUACAAGGAUUAUCUCUCCACUCUGGAGGAGAGAGUGAGUACCCUCCAUGCAGCCUGCCUCAUGAGAAAGUACUUCUGGGCGUGGUUUGAUCUGAUCAUGGAGGAAAGAAGUACCUUAUGGGAAAAGCUGAAGAUUGCUACUGAACACAGUAACAAGAGACUUGUGCUGAAUGCGUUCAAGGCAUGGAGGCAGUACCCAUUACUGAUGGAAAAGGAAAGAGAGAGAGAGGAAAGGAGAAACCAGCUACGCAGGAGAGUAGCUGAAAUUCUCCCUGACUUCCAAACGUGACAGACAGAGUCAAAGGAGACUGGGAAAGGGGACAAAAAGAAUGAUUUUGUUCAGUGCUAUCUUCCUGCUGACUGAAACGUGUCCAAGGGGAAGUCCUGUCCAGUACAAAGGGUCUUACAGCCAAAGGAAGCUUCUUGAGGUCACUGCUGUCGUAAACUAAGCAUAUAUGGAAACUUAUCUGAUGGUUUCACUUUGCACUCCAGGGGAUUAUUCCCCACAAGAUCCUCCUGGUGUGAAGUCUCCGUAGGGGUGUCUUGGCUGGUGGCAGCAAGGCUUAAGUAACCAAAGCCUAGUAGAGGGUGUAUUUCAGGCCAAGACCAUUUCCACACAGAGCUGCAGCACUGACAAUGAAUCCUCCUCCAUCACAGGAAACACGGAACUGACCUGCACCUAUUUUUCCUUAAGUAGUUAACGUGGUGUUUUUGUUGCCAGUGCUCUGUCAGGUCACACAGCUUGGUCAGAGAGCAGACAGACCUGACUGUCAGCUGACCCCUAACCACCACCGCGAACUUGGCCACCCAAAUAACAUUUUCUAGCUAACUGUGCCAGGAAAGUUGGGAUGGGAGGAGAAGGAGGGAAGAGCUAUUUAUGCAAACCGUAUUUGCUAGUGUUCCAGAUCACAGCAUUGCAUAUGGACAAUUUAAAGCCUGGGUUCUUUUUCAAGGGACUGCCUAGUUUGCAGCACUGGCCAGCUCACAAGCAGCGAUUCCAAGUUUAUGAGAUUCUAUCUUCUUGUCAUUUCAACAUUUUCCAAGCUGUUUAACUGUAGGAUUUAGCGGUGUAUUGUGCAAGUCUGCCUUUUCGCUUGAUCCAGCACUUAAGGAAAAAAACAAAAAAGCACCAAAACAAAACCAACAAAACAAAAAACCCCACAAAAAAAUUUAAAAAAAAGUAGACUGUAUUUUUACAAGAGAAACUGACAUGAUUAAAGUUUUUUAUCACUGUUCAACCUUAACCUGCAGCUUAGUGCAGAUAGGAUAAUGCUGUUAAGGUACUGUAUGUCUUGUCUUAGCAACAGCAUAAGGCAGGAAUCUGGAAUCACUUCCCCCUCACAACACGAUAGGCAAAGUUCUCUCCAAAAGCAUUUGGCAGUACAGAGAACAUGUGGGUAAUGCCAGGAAGAAAGCAGGUUACUGUUAUCCAUUGUAUCGGAUAAUUUUUAAAACCAGUAUAUGCACUGAAAGUUUCCAAUAAACCCAAAUGUGAGAUGAACACAA